ACACAACCACUUGGAACCUUUCUUUUCUUACUUUCUCAUCGAAACACUUUCAUUUCUUAUCUUGCUUUUUCAAAUAUACCAUCAUCAUCAUCAAGAACAUCAAGAAAUGAUCAAAGAUCUCAUCACAAUAAUCGGACGGGCUAUCAUCCUAACCAUCUGUCUUGGCAUCCUUCACAUCUUACACCUAUUCACUCAUGCAACUCGAGUGAUCAUCGGAUGUGGAACUCGUCUUAGAGAUAUGUUGGAAGAUGGUUUAAUUCUAGCUGGAUUCAAAUCAAUGAAUUCAAAUGAAAUAUCAACUUUAAAGAAAAAACCAAAUCAUAUAGCCAUCGUUUGGGUUCCAAUCAAUACAACUUUAAAUCGACUAUUCUUCUUCAAGUUUUUAUUUGAUCGUUCUUCAACUUCGGAUCCAGAGAAGAAACAAGAUUUGUAUGAAGUUAAUGCUAUGGCAAACGAUUUACAAUGUCUUAUUACUUGGUCUAAACUUAGUGGGGUUCAAGAAAUAUCAUUUUAUGACGAAAGAGGACUUCUCAAAAAAUACCAAUAUGACGUACUAGAAUCACUCGCUUCAACAUAUAUAAUCGGUGUAAGAGACUCGGUUGAAUUGAUUUUACCUAAUCAAGAACAUGGUGUAGAUCAGGCAGACGUAUUAACUAGUUUCUUAAUCAAAUAUAAUAUUCAUGGAUCAAAUUCACAACCUAAACAAACCUUACGUCUCAAUAUCCUGACUCGUCAACAUGGUCAUGCACAUCUUGUUCAAGUGGCUCGUCAACUGGUGACUUCAAUGCGUAAUAAAGAUUCAUCUCUUUCACUAAAUGAUCUGAAUGUGAAGAUUAUUGGUGAUCAGAUUUGUUCUACUUCUAUUGGUCCUCCUGAUCUGAUUAUGGUACUUGGAGGUCGAUCACUUCGAUUCCGUGGUUUUCCACCUUGGCAAUUAAAUCUCGCUGAGAUUUAUCAUGGUAGAUCAUACUCUAUCUUACCUUAUCAAGUCACUUAUCGAGAAUUUAUGGCAGCUAUGAGAGUUUAUAGUGAUUGUGAACAAAGAAAAGGUGCAUGAAGAGAAAAAGACAAGAAAACAAUCAAAAUGAAGGAAAAGGUAAUUAAUAUAGAAUAGAAUAGAAUAGAAAACAAUGAAUGACAGAUAAAGAAAUCAAACGAAAUGAGCUUUUUUCAUCUGAAUGUCAAAAACUUGGAACUUUUUCCUUUCAAUUCUCAAAGAUUUUUUUAACAACAAACUUUGUAUCAUAUGUACAUGGGCUUUCUAAAAGCCUAUUUGUGUAAUCCGUUAAUUCAACGUGUUUUUUUUUCUUACGGUGAUGUAUAUAAGAGAAUGAUUGUAUCAUGAUAUUCAUACUAG